AUGUCUAUGGAAGGUCCCAGUCGUGUGUAUCUCUUCGGAGAUCAGACUGCGGAUUUCGACUCGGGUCUUCGGCGCUUGUUGCAUGCCAAAAAUGACUCGUUGUUGGUAGCGUUCUUCCAAAAGUCCUACUAUGCAUUGCGGAAAGAGAUAACGUCGCUACCGCCAUCGGAGCGAGAUGUCUUCCCUCGCUUCACUAGCAUUGUUGACCUUCUCGCAAGAUAUCGCGAGUCGGGGCCCAACCCUGCACUGGAGAGUGCACUGACAACCAUCUACCAGCUCGGAAGCUUCAUCCACUACUACGGUGACUUGGGUCAUGCUUAUCCACAGAGCGAUGAGAACUCCAUCAUUGGUCUUUGCACCGGUCAACUUGCAGCUGCCGCCGUCAGCUCCUCAAAGACCGUAGGAGAGCUCAUUCCAGUUGGUGUCGAGACAGUGGUUCUUGCUUUAAGACUGGGUUCUUGUGUUCUAAGAGUACAAGAGCUCGUAGAACCGAGCAAGCAGGCCUCUAGCUGGUCUGUUCUGGUUUCUGGUAUCCGUGAGAAUGAAGCCGAAGACUUAAUUCAGGCUUUCGCGGAGAAUCAUGGUUUGCCUCGUGCGUCACAGCCUUAUGUGAGCGCAAUCAGUCCCAACGGACUGACCAUCAGUGGCCCCCCCGCAUUCUUGGGUCGUUUCAUUGAGACAAGCCUCACAAAAGAGCACAAGCCCAUCAGAGCACCUAUCCAUGGCCCAUACCAUGCAUCACAUCUGUAUGAUGAUAAGGAUGUCAGCCGAAUUAUGCAAUCUUGGCCAAAGGAGCGAUUUGAGGCUUAUGUACCACGAAUCCCAGUGCUUUCAAGUGAGACUGGUGAGAGGGUUCAAGCCACGACCCUUGAGCAUUUGUUGCAAACUGUUCUUAGGGAGAUCCUCCAGCGACCACUUUGCUGGGACAGAGUUAUUGAGUCAUGCCAAUCGACGGUAGAAGCCGCCGAUACAUGCACCAUUUUGCCAAUUUCCAGCACCGCAACCCAGAGCUUGUUCAGCGCUUUGAAGAAAGCCAACAUCUCUAACCUCAAAGUGGACAGCUCGAUUGGCGAGGUUGACCAGGAGGCUGAAGGUGACAACCGAACUGGCCGCUCUGAGCAAUCCAAGAUCGCGAUCAUCGGACUUUCAGGAAGGUUCCCCGAAGCUCCGGACACCGAAGCCUUUUGGGAUCUUCUGAAAAAGGGACUUGACGUCCACCGUGAAGUCCCCCCUGAGCGAUGGGACGUCAAAGCCCAUGUUGACAUGGACGGAAAGACACGAAACACUAGUCAGGUCCAGUAUGGAUGCUGGUACAAUGACGCUGGAAUGUUCGAUCCUCGAUUCUUCAACAUGUCACCACGUGAAGCACUCCAAGCAGACCCUGCUCAGCGUCUGGCUCUGCUCACUGCCUACGAGGCCUUGGAAAUGUCAGGAUUCAUUCCCAACAGCACCCCUUCCACACAAAAGAACCGAGUCGGCGUCUUCUACGGUAUGACUAGUGAUGACUACCGUGAGAUCAAUAGUGGUCAAGACAUUGAUACCUAUUUCAUUCCCGGUGGAAACCGUGCCUUCACACCUGGUCGCAUCAACUACUACUUCAAGUUCAGUGGUCCCAGUGUGAGCGUGGAUACAGCUUGCUCAUCCAGUCUUGCGGCAAUUCACGUUGCUUGUAACUCACUCUGGAAGAACGACUGUGACUCAGCGGUUGCCGGUGGCGUCAACAUCCUGACCAAUCCCGAUAACCACGCUCGUCUUGAUCGUGGUCACUUCCUUUCCCGGACUGGAAAUUGCACUACCUUCGACGACGGUGCCGAUGGUUACUGCCGAGCGGACGGAAUUGGAUCCAUUGUCCUGAAGAGACUUGAAGAUGCUCAAGCUGAUAAUGAUCCAAUUUACGGUAUCAUCGGUGGCGCGUAUACCAACCACUCAGCAGAGGCUGUUUCAAUCACUCGUCCUCAUGUCGGGGCACAGUCUUUCAUCUUUGACAAGCUUCUGAACGAGUCAAACAGCGACCCAAAAGAUGUAAGCUACAUCGAGAUGCACGGUACUGGUACUCAGGCGGGUGACGCGGUGGAGAUGCAAUCAGUCCUGGAUAUCUUUGCUCCUGAUUAUCGUCGUGGACCAACUCAGUCGCUUCAUCUCGGCUCAGCGAAAGCAAAUGUGGGCCACGGAGAAUCUGCAUCUGGUGUUACAGCCUUGAUCAAGGUAUUGAUGAUGAUGCGCAAGAACAUGAUUCCUCCUCACUGUGGUAUUAAGACCAAGAUCAACCAAGGCUUCCCAACGGACUUCGCACAGCGCAAUGUCCACAUUGCCAUGCAGCCUACUCCCUGGAACAGACCUAGUGGCGGCAAGAGAAAGACCUUCGUCAACAACUUCUCAGCUGCUGGUGGUAACACCGCUCUGCUGGUUGAGGAUGGGCCUCUCGUCGAAGAUAACGUGGAAGACCCCCGGUCUGCUCAUCCUGUUCUCGUCUCCGCCAGAUCCCAGUCUGCUUUGAAGAACAACAUCUCUGCUCUCGUUCAAUACAUUGACACAAACAAGAACCUUUUCAAUGUUCGUGAGUCCAGUCUCUUGGCUGAUCUGUCUUACACGACUACCGCCAGACGUAUCCACCACCCCUUCAGAGUGGCUGUGACUGGUUCAACUUUGGAUGAGAUCAGAAGCGCACUGGCGCCAAUCGUCAACCGCGACAGCAUCUCCCCAUCUCCAGCUGUUACUCCCGGUAUUGGAUUUGCCUUCACCGGACAGGGUGCCCAGUACGCAGGAAUGGGUCGCCAGUUGUUUGAGAGUUGCUCUCAGUUCCGCACUCACAUAGAGCACCUGGACCGCAUUGGACAGAGCCAAGGAUUCCCGUCAAUUAUACCUUUGGUUGAUGGAAGUGUUCCAAUUGAGGAACACAGCCCAGUUGUCACUCAGCUUGGAACCACCUGCGUGCAGAUGGCGUUGACCAAAUAUUGGAUUUCUCUGGGUGUUGUCCCCACGUUUGUCCUUGGUCACAGCCUCGGCGAGUAUGCUGCGAUGAAUGCCGCUGGUAUCCUCUCGACCAGUGACACGAUAUAUCUCACUGGACGCCGCGCUCAGCUCCUUAUGGAGCAAUGCCAAAUUGGAACCCACGCAAUGCUUGCAGUGAAGUCUUCAGUAGCACAGGUCAAGCAAUUCCUUGAGGAUGCGACCGAAGUUGCUUGCAUCAACGCGCCUAGCGAGACCGUCAUCAGCGGCGCUAGUGAAAGGAUUGAUUUGCUUGCGCAGACUCUUUCAAACGAAGGUUUCAAGGCUACCAAGUUGAAGGUGCCCUUCGCUUUCCAUUCUGCUCAGGUUGAGCCCAUUCUUGAAAGUCUUGCCGAGAUUACCAAGGGACUUACUUUCAACGAGCCCACCAUUCCCUUCGUCUCCGCUCUUCUCGGUGAUGUCCUGAAGGAGAACAGCAGUGACUCGCUUGGCCCUGAGUACCUCACGCGACACUGUCGGGAGACUGUCAACUUCCUCGGUGCCCUUGAAGCUACUCGCCACUCCAACUUGAUGAACGACAAGACUCUUUGGGUUGAAGUUGGUUCCCACACUGUCUGUUCCGGUAUGAUCAAAGCCACCUUUGGUCCUCAGGCAACUACGAUUGCGUCUCUCCGUCGCCAAGAGGACACUUGGAAGGUUCUAUCGAACAGUCUCUCAACACUUUACCUUGCUGGAAUUGAGCUCCGUUGGAAGGAAUUUCACCAGGACUUUACUGCUGGACACAAAGUUCUCCCACUGCCUUCCUACAAGUGGGACCUCAAGAACUAUUGGAUCCCAUACACCAACAACUUUUGUCUUCUCAAGGGCGCGCCCGCGGCACCUGUGGCUGAAGCUGCUCCUGUGUCGACGUUCUUGUCGACAUCGGCCCAAAAGGUUCUGGAGACCACUGGCGACGCUACAACAGCAAUGAUCGUCAUCGAGAAUGACAUUGCUGACCCAGAUCUCAACCGAGUCAUUGCUGGUCACAAGGUCAAUGGCGCUUGCCUUACCCCAUCGUCCUUGUACGCCGAUAUUGCCCAGACACUGGGUGAAUAUCUGGUUCAAAACUACAAGCCCGAAUGGAAGGAUCGUGGGUUCGAUGUUUGCAAUGUCACAGUCCCUAAGCCUUUGAUUGCGAAGGGUGGCAAGCAACUCUUCCGAGUUUCGGCCACCGCAAACUGGGCAGACGAGAACGCCAAGGUGCAAGUCUGGUCAGUCACCCCAGAGGGAAAGAAGAUUCUCGACCACGCCAGCUGUACGGUCAAGUUCUUCGAGACCGCCAACUACGAGCUAGAGUGGAAGCGCAGCUCUUAUCUCAUCAAGAGAAGUAUUGAGCAUCUGCAAGAGAGCACAAUCUCUGGUCAAGCUCAUCGCAUGAAGCGAGGAAUGGUCUACAAGCUCUUUGCUUCUCUCGUGGACUACGAUGAGAACUACAAGUCCAUGCGGGAGGUUAUUCUUGACAGCGAUCAGCACGAGGCUACUGCUCUUGUCAAGUUUGAAGCUCCCCGUGGCAACUUCCAUCGCAAUCCAUUCUGGAUCGACAGUAUCGGUCACUUGUCAGGCUUCAUCAUGAACGCGAGUGAUAACACCGACUCGAAGAACCAAGUCUUUGUCAACCAUGGCUGGGACUCAAUGCGUUGUCUGAAGAAGUUCGACACCAGUGUCACUUACCGGACUUACGUGAGGAUGCAACCCUGGAAGGACUCUAUCUGGGCAGGUGAUGUCUACAUGUUUGAUGGCGACGAUAUCGUUGCUGUGUAUGGUGGUGUUAAGUUCCAGGCCCUGGCACGAAAGAUCCUGGACAUGGCGCUUCCUCCUGGCGGGGCUGCUGCUCCCAAGCCGGCAGCCAAGCGUGCCCCUGCUCCUAUCAACGUCGAGAAGGCACAGAAGGCCACACCAAAGAAGGCCGCUGCUACACCCAAGUCUUCAACUCCAAGUCUUGCUUCACGCGCUCUUACUAUCCUCGCCGAGGAGGUUGGACUUUCAGCAUCAGAGAUGACUGACGAUCUGAACUUUGCCGACUACGGAGUGGACUCUCUUCUCUCUUUGACUGUCACCGGGCGAUACCGCGAGGAGAUGGAACUUGAUCUUGACUCUUCUGUGUUUGUGGAUCAGCCUACUGUUGUAGACUUCAAGCGUCUUUUGGCUCAGAUGGGUCCCGCCGAAAGCAGUGAUGACUCGAGCAGCGAGGGUGACAUGUCCUCCGCUGCAUCCUCAACAGACGUGUCUACUCCGAACUCUAGUGGUCUCCCGACUCCUGCCAAUGAGAAGUCGAUGACACAUGGAGCUCAGAAGCAGAAUGACACAAUGAGGCAGAUUACUGCAAUCUUGGCUGAGGAGAUUGGUGUUGCUCCGGAAGAGCUCGACAAUGAUGCCAAUCUUGGUGAGAUGGGCCUGGAUUCGCUGAUGUCCCUGACAGUUCUCGGUAAGAUCCGCGAGGAGUUGGAUAUGGAUCUCUCAGGAGAAUUCUUCAUUGAAAACCAAACUCUUGGUGAGAUUGAAGUUACUCUUGACCUGAAGCCCAAGCCCGCCCCCGCAGAGCCAAUCAGACUCCCCGAGCAAAUUACUGCUCAGCCCCUGAAGGGCCCCUCCAGCGUUUCCAUUCAGCACCCACCAGCGACCUCCAUCCUUCUGCAAGGAAAUCCAAAGACUGCAACCCAGAGACUGUUUUUGUUCCCUGAUGGAUCUGGAUCUGCAACUUCUUAUGCCACCAUCCCGGGCAUUUCUCCGGAUGUGUGUGUCUACGGACUCAACUGCCCGUACAUGCGCACUCCAGAGAAUCUCAAGUUCAGCCUGGACGAGCUUACAGCUCCAUACGUUGCUGAAAUCCGCCGUCGCCAGCCAACUGGCCCUUACAACUUUGGUGGUUGGUCUGCAGGUGGUAUUUGCGCCUAUGACGCUGCCCGCCAACUGAUCUUCGAGGAGGGUGAGCGUGUCGAGCGUCUGCUUCUCCUGGACUCACCCUUCCCCAUUGGACUGGAGAAACUUCCUCCUCGUCUGUACAGCUUCUUCGACACGAUCGGUCUGUUCGGCGAGGGCAAGGCACCUCCUCCCAAGUGGCUGCUGCCUCACUUCUUGGCUUUCAUCGAUUCGUUGGAUGCCUACAAGGCAGUGCCAUUCCCCUACUCAGACCCCAACCUGGCUGACAAGCUGCCAAAGACCUUCCUGGUCUGGGCUAAGGAUGGUGUCUGCUCCAAGCCUGGAGACGCCCGACCCGCGCCGGCUUCCGACGGCAGCGCGGAUCCCCGAGAGAUGCUGUGGUUGCUGAACAACCGCACUGACCUCGGUCCCAAUGGCUGGGACUCACUCGUUGGCCCCAAGCACGUCGGUGGCAUUACUGUCAUGGAGGGUGCCAACCACUUCACCAUGACACGCGGUGAAAAGGCCAAAGAAUUGGCAGCAUUUAUUGCCAAGUCUAUGGCAUCGGUGUAA